GGGAAGCUAUUCCUCGGAGGUCUGUCCUGGGAUACAAACGAAGAUACAUUGAGGGAACACUUCCAGAAGUAUGGCGACAUCCGAGAGGCGGUGGUCAUGCGUGAUCGACAAACUUCCCGCCCUCGUGGGUUUGGUUUCGUGACCUUUGAGAAGUCGGAGGUCGCAGAUGCUGUCGUCCAGGAGACCCACGUCGUGGAUGGGCGACAGAUCGAUGCCAAGAAGUCGGUACCCUUGGAGCAGAAGCCCAAGGCACGCAAGAUCUUUGUCGAGGCCUUCAAGAUCUACUUUGAGCAGUUUGGGGAGGUCGUGGAAGCCCAGAUCAUGCAAGAUCACAUGAGUGGACGGUCACGCGGCUUCGGCUUCGUGACCUUUGCGGAGGAUGUCUCCGCCGAGCGAGUUUUUGCGGCCGGCGCCAUGCACGAGCUGCGAGGAAAGCGCGUGGAGGUGCCGUACGGCGCCGCGCCGGCGCCGGCCGGUGCCUACACGCCGCCCGUUCCGGGGUCGCCCUACGGCGGGCCCUCCCACUCCCUGCGCAUCGCCAAGCCCCCAUCCGUCGCUGCACCGGCGGCAGGGGUUGCAGAGUCUGCCGCCACCGCCACCCCGACCUCCCAGGCCAUUUCGGACCUGCGAAAGCUGAACCUGGACUGA